CGCGCGUGCCCCGCUUCGGUCGUGCGCGCCGCCGUUCCUGCGGAAUUCAGGGAGCUGUGGUCGGACUCUGAAGACUCCCACCCCACCUAGAGAAUAAUGAACAACAAAUUUGAUGCUCUGAAAGAUGAUGACAGUGGGGACCACGACCAGGAUCAAGGCUCACAGAAAGACUGUGAGAAGGAAAAAAAUGACAAUGAUGAGGACAAUGAUCAGAACACUGCCAAGAAGAAGAUUGCAGUUCCAGGGGUAGGGGAGCACCCCCUCCAGUAUAACUACUCCUUCUGGUACUCCAGACGCACCCCCGGCCGGCCUGCCAGCACCCAGAGCUACGAGUCCAACAUCAAACAGAUCGGCAGCUUCGCCUCGGUGGAGCAGUUCUGGCGUUUCUACAGUCACAUGAUCCGCCCGGGCGACCUGACUGGCCACAGCGACUUCCACCUUUUCAAGGAAGGUAUCAAACCCAUGUGGGAGGACGAUGCUAAUAAGCUAGGUGGGAAGUGGAUCAUCCGGCUGAGGAAGGGCCUGGCGUCUCGUUGCUGGGAGAAUCUGAUUCUGGCCAUGCUGGGGGAACAGUUCAUGGUGGGGGGGGAGAUCUGUGGCGCUGUGGUGUCUGUACGCUUCCAG